AUGAGUGAUACACGAGCUGGCAAAAAAGAAAAGUGUCAGCAAAUACAAGUAUUUGUCCGUGUUAGACCUAUAAGUAAUCUUGAGAGAAAUAAUAAGUCUGCUACCAUAGUGGAAGUUCUUAAUAAUAAGGAAGUAAUAGUGCACGAGCGUCCUUACGAUAAAUUAUCGAAAAAAUAUAAAUUUGAUAAUGUAUUUGAACCUUCUUCCAAACAGAUUGAAGUAUAUAAUAUUGUUGUUAAUCCAUUGUUGGAUGAAGUUUUGGCUGGAUAUAGUUGUACAGUAUUUGCAUAUGGACAAACUGGUACAGGAAAAACAUUCACAAUGGAAGGAAUUAACAGUGAUUCAACUUUGCAUUGGCAAAGUGAUUCAUCUGCUGGUAUAAUACCAAGGUCUUUAAGUCAUAUGUUUGACAAAUUGCAAUUAUUGGAAGCACAAGAAUACACAAUUAGAGUUAGUUUUCUAGAACUUUAUAAUGGAGAUUUAUUUGAUCUUUUAUCACCUAAUGACGAUGCAACUAAAAUAAGAUUGUAUGAAGAUACAUCAAAGAAAGGUGCAGUAAUCAUUCAUGGGUUAAAUGAAGUAACAGUACACAAUAAAAGUGAAGUGUACAAAAUUCUUGAAAAGGGAUCAGAAAAGAGACAAACUGCUGCAACAUUGAUGAACGCUCAAUCUAGGUCAUUACCUUUAUUUUUUAUUACUAUUGAAAUCUGUACUGUAAUUGGCAAAUGUGAUUAUGUUAGUAAUAUUUGCAAUAAUGUUAACGAUUGCAUGAUAAAUAAUUCUACUACAUCUGUUAAAGUGAAACAUACUUUAGAAGAACAGAUACAAAGUAACAUUGAAACAAUUAAAACUGAUGUAAUUCUUGAAACAAAACGGAAUGAAGAAUUAGCUGACAGAACUACAGAACAAGGAAAAAUUUUGAUAAAUGAAUUGAAGUCAAGUAUGAACAGAAGCUGUAAUGUAUUGAAAGAGUACAAGGAUCUUAUUGAAUGCAAUAUUAAAGACAUGGAACCGAAAAUAGAUAUCGAUAAAAAUGAAGUUCUUUCAUUAGUUAAUGAUACACAUAAAGUAACUUUAGAUGCAUGUAAAAAUCAUGAAGAAUUCUUGAAAGACAGAAAAGUCAAAGCUUCUGAUACUUUUGAAGAAAUAUCCAAGAAAUUGCAAAACCAAGAAAUGGAAUCAUGCAUAUUAAAUGAUAAAGUUGUUGGACAAUUGCAGGCAACGGUACAUGAAAUCAACAAAUUCUUUAAUCAAGAUAUACAACGUGAUAUUCCAACAGGGUCAACUCCUGCGAGGAAAGAAUUUUCUUAUCCUCGCCAUUUUGUAGAAACGUCGCCGCAUGAACGAAUCCUUCAAAGGUUUAAAGAAAGUAGAAAAUGUGUCGAGACAACAGAAAAUGAUGAUGAUACGUACACGAAUAAUGAUAUAACAAUAAAAGAAAUUGCAAAUUCAAUUGCUUUGUCUGAUAGUACACUUCUAUCUCCACUGGAUAACACAUUUUCUAACACACAAAUUCGUGUAACUCUGUAG